AAAGUAUUUAGAUUAAAAUUAUAUGAUGAUGAUGAUGAAUUUGAAUUGAAAUUAUACGAGGAUGAUGAAUUUAGAUUGGAAUUAUACGAGGAUGAUGAUGAAUUUAGGUUGAAAUUAUACGAGGAUGAUGAUGAAUUUAGUUUGAUAUUAAGAGGGGAUGGUAUGGGAAAAGAAUUUAGAUUAAAAUUAGAUGAGGAUAUAUUGAAAUUAAGUGAGGAUGAUGAGUUUAAAUUGAGAUUAAGUGAGGAUGAUGGACUUAGAUUGAAAUUUAAUGUGGACGAUGAAAUCCUUGUAAAAUUUAAAGGAAAAAUUGAAUUAUCACAAACUACAUAA